AUGUCUUCAUCGAAACUGAUGUUCAAGGGCGACAAGAAGGAGAAGAAGAAACACAGGAAGCGCCGCAGAGACCAGCACGAGCCAGACGAGCACCCCGAGCCCACCGAGGGCUGGCUGAACCCGCCCAGCCAGGCGCACAUCCAGGGCCCACUCUACAUCAUCUGCAUCCGGCCGGCGACCGGGCGGGCGGAGGAGAGCCGGCCGAGUGCCCUGGCCAUCCAGCCCUCGCCCCUCUCCCCCAUCGCCCCCCUCGUCCCCGCCCCGCUCGACCCAGCCGCCCUCCAGAGCCUCGAGCCCGCCGACGUCAACCACGUCCUCGUCGCCACCCGCAUCAUCGACAGCACCCACAAGCUCACCCUCCGCACCGCCAACGCCCGCUACCUCGCCGCCGACCAGCUCGGCGCCGUCUCCGCCGAGCAGGAGGCCCGCGGGCCCCAGGAGGAGUGGGCCUUCGAGCCCGUCCCCGCAUCCCCCAACGACGACCAUCCUGACCCCGACGGCAUGUUCACACUCAAGUCCUGUCUCUACAACAAGCUGCUCUCCGUCGAGGAACUCGCCUCCGGCAAGCUCGUCCUCCGCGCCGACUCCGACUCCCCCGCCGAGCCCGCCGCCCACCUCCUCGUCCGCAUGCAGGCCGCCGAGCUGCUCAAAGCCCGCAAGCGGCUCGCCGACGAGCAGGCCCAGAAGGGGCUGCUCUCCGCGGCUAAGACCGCCGACGCCGGACUCACCAUCCUCAAGCCCGGACAGUCCUUCCACGACCUCGAAGCCAACAACAUUCGCCAGUAUCAGGCCAGGGGCGCCGGCCGACUGCAGCUCCCGGCCGAAGGCAACGCCGGGCUCAAGAAGGCCCGGAAGGAGGGCCGGCUGGCCGAGGAACUGCUCGACCGGCGCGCCAAGCUCAAGAGCGACCGCUAUGCCAAGUAA